AAACACUGUAAAUAAGAUUGAUUUUGGUAUGCAUUGGAAUGACAAGCACCCCUAUUCAAAGCGCUCUCUUUUCAUUUAAUGGUCUUUCAAAAUUGUCUUUGAGAGAAAUUGUUGGACAAUGCUGAUAAAUCCUCUUUUCCUCCUACCUGUCAUUAAACCAGACAAUGUAGACAAUACCUCAACUGAUGAAAGCUAUCCAAACCCCAAAUCCUGAACAUCAGAGGAAUUCAAUUAUACUGAUACAAAUAAUCUGAUGAAUUGCACGUUUUCCCCUCACAUCCCUACCUCUUCUGGGAAAAACACCAGUCGAAAGCGUAUAGACACUAGACAAAAAGCUUUGAAAAUCCAUUUUGGGAUUGGAGUUUAUGCCUACAUUGACUUGGCGAUUUGAACAUACUGCAUAUUAGCAUAUCAAUGGCAGAGAAUGAUCUGUGUCUCUAUUUGAGGAAGGGGGAAAAAAACGGAGUGACAUUUUAUCUUUAGCAGUGUGACGUGUGUGUGUGUGCGUGACUGUGUAGCCUAAUUAACGAGGGGUGUGAGUGUGGGUGUAUGUGUGAGGUCAGCUAUGGUGUGUGUGCAGGCGUGUGUCAGGGAGAGGUAUAAAAGGUUAAUGUCACCCUAUCUGGGGGCUAAUACAGUAAGAGUCUGAGGAAUCAGGGAAGACUAUAGCUGUAUCAGGGACUAUACGAUGCUGGUAUCCCAAAAGCAUGUGCAGUCGGUUGCUGUCAUGGUUCUUGUCGUCUUCACAGUCGGUCACUGUCAGGAGAAUGAAAGGCGAGCGGUAACGGAGCACCAGCUGAUGCAUGACCGUGGCAGGACCAUCCAGAGCCUGAAGAGACUCAUCUGGUUGUCCAGUGCCAUGGAGGGGCUCCACACCGCCCAGACCCGCUCCUCCUCCCUGCUUCCCCGCACCGCACUGAACCCCAUCCCAGGCUACACCCCGGGCCUCUCCCCUGCCCUCAAACCACACUCUGCUGGCUCACAAUCUGGGGAGGCCAGCAACAACCACAAGGGGUCACUGGAGAGACUUAUGAAAAACUUCUUCAGCCCCAACCUCAUGGACCUCUCUGAGGGGGAACCAUAGACCCCGCAACUCCUCAACUCCCAGAACCAUCUCUAUUUCGCAUUCUGUGUCGCUGCUUUGAUUUUCAAUGAGUAUGUUAGCCUACUAAAAGUCUGCACAUGAAAGUAAAACAGACCAUGACUUUUAUUCAUGGCUAUCUGCUUUGAGCCUGCUAUUUUUUACAUGUUUUUCACCCAUUAGAUCUCUCAGCCUGGUCUCAUAGACUAGAUGUAACAUAGUAAAUGCAAAUCCGGGACACUCAAAUGAACUAAAGUAGGGUGGGUGGGCGUAUAAUGCGAAUGUCUAGCAACCUUAAGGUUGCGUGUUUGAAUGUCAUCAAGGACAACUUGAGCAUUUUUGCUGAUUAGCAACUUUUCAACUACUUACUACUUUUUAGCUACUUAGCAUGUUAGCUAACCCUUCCCCUAACCCUUUUAGCUGAUCGUUCCCCUAACCUUAACCCUUUUAGCUAAACCUAACCCUAACUAUAACCUUAACCCUUUGACCUAAGUCCUAAACGUAACCCUAACCCCUAACCUCAACCCCUAUUCUAGCUAACUUUAGCCAGCUACCUAACGUUAGAUACCUAGUUAGAAUUCGUAACUUAUCAUACAUUUUGAAAAUGAUAAACAUAUUGUAUGUUUUUCAAAUUCAUAACAUAUUGUAGGUUCUGUAAAUUCGUAACACAUAAUAUGAAUUUUAAUUUGUAACAAAUCAUAUGAAAUGGGUGAUGGACAUCCACAAAUGAAUACAUACAAUAUGAAAGGUAGCAUAUCAUACUAAAUGGAGUGACUCGGAUUUACAUGCAGAAUAAUACUAAAUGCUCUGAGAUCAGGUUGGAUCUCUGUGAAGAUGUACUGUAAAUGUCAACUAGUGCUGUAUGCAACAAUGCAUGGUCGUCUCAAAAUACUUUUUCUUUAUCCGCUUGACGAUGAUCGCAAUCAUUUUUAAUUGAUUCUUAAUUUACUCUAAUGUUCUGUUAAAUGUCUUUAUUAACCAAGACCCAGAAAUAUCUGCAGAUUGCUUUGACUCCCCUGUCUCUGAUGGUCGUUCACAUGUUCCCAGUGUAUCAGUGCUGUAAAUAUUGUGUGAUGAACAUUCCACAGUCUUUUAAUAGAACCACUCUAUUAUAGAACCACUCUAAUCUGGAACCCCUCUAAUCUGUGAAUAGUGGCUGAUUGGCGCUCGUUUGUCCCAUCGGGAGACUAGAGGCAGUCCUCUUAAAAGUCGGCUGGAGCUAGGCUUUUGUCUAGAUAACUCAACAGCCAAGGAUUUCUGCUCUGAGUUCCAUGGAUUCUAACUGGGUUUUCAACCUAUUAGUGGAGAUGAUUAUGUGGAAACUUGUAGACCAGGGGAUGUAUCAUUUAAAGGAAAGUAGAUGGCUUUAGUUGUCACAACAAGAAAAAGGGGUCAACCACAUUUAUUUCAAAUCCAAAUUGUCCGUUUUUUUUGUGCUAACAAUGAUUUAGAAAUGAGAAAAAGAUAACACUUUUAAAACUCCACACUUCUUUAUUUUCACUGUGUAUAAAUAAUGUACUUUGCUUCAAUUUCUACAGACAGAUCUAUAUAAUCUUGAAGUUGAAAUCGUGUGCUCAUGCGACGCUACAAUCUCUACUCAUUCUUUCUGUAAGAAAUGUUGGAUCAUUCAAUCACUAUUGAAAACGAACACCAUCAAGUAACAUUAAUGUUUUUUUUGCUACAAUAAAACGUGUAAAACAAAGAUAUUGAACGUAUCUCAUCAUAACUCACAAAUGUUGAAUUACUCCUAAUAACAAACAUAUCUGUUAAUUCUCUAGAACUUAACAGUUUGGGGUAUUGUCAUUAACAAUAUCUAUAUGAAUAUUCAUACAUAGAAUAUCAUUCUAGUCCUCUGAAUGACAGACUCAACAUUAGUGCAGUUAUGAAACGUCCUUUCAGGACAGAAGGAGAAGGAUGAAUUAUUAUAACUUCAAUUGUAAUAAAAUAAUAACUUAUACUUUUAUUAUAACCAAUAGUCAUUGCAAAGCUCUUAUCUUGAUGUUGAGGAUUGAUCCACAGAUCCAUGUGUCCUGUGAGGACAACCCCAGAAUAGAGAGUGGAAGCUGGGACAGAGAGCUCCAUGUGGAGGAGGUGGUCUGGAA